AAGGGUAUUGCGGCGGAUGUUGAUUUUUUUGUUUUGGAUCCCACCGCCAGAGCUAGCAACAAAUGUAGAGCGCUCUUGUCCUUGCUGACGAAUUUAGUUUGGUUACUUUCCGACGUUUUAAAACGUGAAGGAUCCACUCCUUAACCGCGGCACCGUGUCUCUCCCGGCGCCUUACCGGGGAAGCGCGAGGCCCAGUCGUGCGAUGAUGGAAGACUUUGACGAAAUCUACGAGGAGGAGGAGGAAGAGGACGAGGAGAGGGCCGCGGAGGAGCAGCUGCUAAAGUACGCUCCAGACCCGGUGGUCGUUCGAGGAUCUGGCCACGUCACUGUGUUUGGACUCAGUAACAAGUUUGAGUCAGAGUUUCCAUCGGCACUUACCGGGAAGGUGGCGCCAGAGGAGUUCAAGGCCAGUAUAAACCGCGUGAACGGCUGUCUGAAGAAGACGUUGCCGGUGAACGUCCGGUGGCUACUGUGUGGCUGCCUCUGUUGCUGCUGUACGCUGGGAUUCAGUCUCUGGCCUGUCAUCUGUCUCAGCAAGAGGACGCGGAGGUCCAUGGAGAAGUUACUGGAGUGGGAGAACAGCAGGCUCUAUCACAAGCUGUGUUUGCAUUGGAGGCUGAGCAAGAGGAAGUGUGAAACCAACAACAUGAUGGAAUAUGUGAUUCUAAUAGAGUUCCUACCCAAGAUCCCAAUCUUCAGGCCGGACUAAUCUCCCCCUGCAGAUCCAGCAUGUGAUCCUCCCAUGGUGCCUCUCUGCUAGGCUCAGUCACCUCUCUCCAAAAUGGCCGCCUUUUCCCUCCUUUUCACCCCCAACAUGCCCAAUACCCCUGAAACUACACCACCAUUUUGUGUUUACUGGGUAUCUAUCUACCUUCUCUGGGUCUUCCCCCACUGUACCCAGAAAACAUCUGUUUACACACCUUUGAGCCCCCUCACCCUUUUCUGCGAUGUCGACCUUAAUAAAAGGCCGUUAUCUUGUUACCCCCCUCCCCCCAAUUAGCCAUGUUGACUUGGCACCAGCCUGCGGGUCGUCGUGUGAUACCAAGCCCUAAGAGGGGCAGUGGAACCACAGAAAUGUAGAACUGGAGAGUAUGGGUUCUAGAAUGUGUUGGAGAACUGGAAUGCCCAACCCGCCCCCUCCUCACUGACCUCCCUGUACACAUGGCACAAUAUUUACUUAAAUCUGUACCCCUCUUAGCGUAGCCUAAACUGAACUCAGACUUACUUAGUGUUGUUGAACCGCUGUGGAACAGCUGACUUCACAAUCAAUGGAUUAGCCAUGUGACAUCUACAGAACAUCAACAGAUCUCCUGUUGAAUUUCUAAAGAAUGUUAACGGAACUUAGAUGGAACCUCUAUAGAACAUUGACUAAACUGUGGAUUAGCAAUGGAACUGCCUUGGAAGUUCAGUGGAACAUCCAUGUUUCUGCAACUUUGUAUUCAAACCAAUCAUCAGCCUCUGAACGGCCAGUGUACCGACUGAGAGAACAGCCGGAGCGAAUUGGCCAGCUGAGAGAACAGCCGGAGCGAAUUGGCCAGCUGAGAGAACAGCCAGAGCGAAUUGGCCAGCUGAGAGAACAGCCGGAGCGAAUUGGCCAGCUGAGAGAACAGCCGGAGCGAAUUGGCCAGCUGAGAGAACAGCCGGAGCGAAUUGGCCAGCUGAGAGAACAGCCGGAGCGAAUUGGCCAGCUGAGAGAACAGCCGGAGCGAAUUGACCAGCUGAGAGAACAGUGGGCCGGCCGCAUGAAACGUCUGAUUCUCUCCACAAUACACCCCCUUGUAAGUUUCCCAAAUGGCAGCCUAGACCCUAAAAUAGUGCAGGAGAUUUCUACCUGUCAGGCAGCACACUAGGUCCCUCUGACCAAACGUAGUUUGUCUAAAUUCAACAAACCGUGUCUUCCAUGUUGGCCUGUGGCACCCCCGCACCAGGGCUGCCUACCCCUGGAGUAGGGAGCCUGAUGAAAUUUGGAACGUGGCCACAAACGAGUGCCCCCGCUAAGUGCUACCCCCGACAUUACACCCUGACCCCGACAGUAGUGCGCUGUGGGUAGGGGAAUAUUUUAGGGCACACUAGACACCCCAUUAAGCAGACAAUCACACAGACUGUCUGGCUGUAUCCUCCGGGGGCACCCUACUGUUCAAAUGGGGCACUCUGUAGGGAAUGGGGUGCCAUUUGAGACAAGUCUAAAUCCAUGCUACUCUCAGAUAUUGUGAACUUCCUGUAUCUGCGGUGCUGAGUUGUCAGCAUUGCUAUGGGCGACAUGACCGGUGAUUAGUGAUGCAGACCGAACAAAACAGAUUAUUUUUUUUUUGUGUCAUUAAGGGCAGUGAAGGUUUUUUUCUUUACUGCUCUGUAUCUAGUACAGUAUGCGUGCGUGCGGCAUUUUGAAUGUAUUUUAUCUCAGAAUGUCUACACAAGCCAACCAUGCAUCCAAAAUGCCUCCAUACUUCCUUUUAGAUGCACCCUUUCCCCCAGGGCACAUUCUCUACAGUGGGCGCUGGUUGGAAGUCAGUCCAUAGAUUGGGAAAAGGGGGGCACUGAGAGGCAUGACUCAUUCACAAUGCUGUGGGUUUUGUCUUUUGUUAUUUUUAUUCACUUGUGUCUUGGUGUUUUGUCAAUUUGCCACUCGCCGUACAAUGUUCGGGCAUAGGAUGAUUUUAUUUCUUUUAAUGUUAAAUCUCACUCAGCCUCGUAACAAAUGGCACUCUUUUCCCAGUGUAGUGGACUUCCUUUGACCACUAUCGACCAGAACUCUGGUCCAAAGUAGUGUGCCCGCCAUCCGGGACUGUUUUGACUGAUCACUAAAGGUCAAAGUUCACUCCCUAGGGGUUAGCAGGGAGACCCGUCAACAUGUAGCAACAGAACAGGGGUCAGUCACGGGACCGGAUUCUACCAGUUGAGUCAUUUUUGUUUGUGAGCUUGCCGGUUAAGAGGGUAUGGAAUUACAGCAGGGUUGGCGAAAAAUCCUGCAUGCCCCAGAAGCUCUUAGAUUCAUGGACCAUCUACAAUCUUUCUGAUGGGUUUCCUCACAUAUAAAGCUAGUUUGAGGCUGUGUGUGUGUGUGUGCGUGUAUGUGCGUGCGUGUGUGCGAAAAUGUAAUAUCAGUCUAUGUUUGGACUAUGUUUGGUCACCCCUUUUUUUAUUCUUUGCAGAGUAUUUCCAAACAGGUGUGUUUGUGUGUGUGAUCAUGUAACGUGUGUUGUAUGAUGUAUAUGAAAAGGCAUAUGUACAGAAAUAAACUACCCAGAAACAGGCUAUAUUCACUUGC